AUAAAAUUGUCAAGGUUGAGAAACACUGGGUUUGUAAAUAGAACAACACAGAGUGGUAAAUCAUAGGAAACUUUAAUGAACUGUUUUGACUGAACUAUGCCAUGUGUCAUGUUUUGUAUUAUUGAAGCUAUUGUUACAUAUUUUCACUAGCAAACCACUCAAGACAAUGGAUCCGAAGAACAUCAGGAAAAGGAAAUAUCGUGAGGAUUUCCUACAAUAUGGCUUCAUGUCUAUAUAUACAGCGGGAAUCGAGAAACCGCAGUGUGUACUUUGUUCCAAAGUUUUAUCAGCAGAAUCAAUGAAGCCUAACAAACUUAAAUGACAUUUUGAAAGCAAGCAUCCAAGCUAUGCUGGCAAGGACACAAACUAUUUCAGAGCAAAAGCUGAUGGACUGAAGAAAGGCAGAUUUGACACUGGUGGCAAGUACCACAGACAAAAUGUAGCGGCCAUUGAAGGGUCAUAUUUGGUGGCACUCAGAAUCGCCAGAGCCAUGAAGCCUCACACUAUUGCAGAGGAGUUACUGUUGCCAGCGGCCAAAGACCUUGUUCGAGUUAUGAUCGGAGAUGAAUUUGUGACAAAAUUUAAUGCAGUUUCCUUGUCCAAUGACACUAUCCACAGAAGAAUAGAUGACAUGUCUGCUGAUAUUCUUGAUCAGGUAAUCCAAGAAAUUAAAUCUGCUCCACUUCCAAUAUUUAGUAUCCAGCUUGAUGAAUCUACAGAUGUUGCAAACUGUUCCCAGUUACUGGUUUUCGUGAAAUAUAUUUACGAUGGUGCCUUUAAAGACGAGUUUCUGUUUUGCAAACCUCUUGAAACAACAACUACUGCACGUGAUGUAUUUGACAAAGUUGGUUCAUUUCUGAAAGAGCAUAACAUAUCUUGGGAAAAUGUUUGUGGUAUUUGCACAGAUGGUGCUCCAGCUAUGCUAGGAUGUAGAUCUGGAUUUCAACGUUUGGUAUGGAAUGAGUCACCGAAAGUCAUCGGAACUCACUGUAUGAUUCAUCAGCAAAUAUUAGCAACAAAGACGCUGCCACAAGAAUUACGAGAAGUAAUGAAAAGCGUCAUAAAUUGUGUCAACUUUGUAAAGGCAAGCAGCUUAAACACAAGAUUGUUUUCACAACUGUGCAACGAGUUGGAUGCGCCAAGCAAUGCUCUGCUAUUUCAUACUGAAGUGAGAUGGUUGUCGAAAGGAAAAGUUUUAAAACGUGUUUUUGAGCUUCGUGAUGAACUCAAAACGUUUUUUAUUCAGAAAGAAAGACCGCAGUUUGAAGCUAUUUUCAGCGAUAACAGCGAACUGCAGAAAAUAGCUUACUUGGUUGACAUCUUUGCCAUCUUGAAUGAGUUAAAUUAUCACUGCAAGGACCAAAUGCAAUGUGCCUUGAUUUGUCUGAAAAGAUCCGAUCAUUCCAAAUGAAACUGCAGCUUUGGCAAAAAAAUUGGAUGAAAAUAAAAUUUUCAUGUUGCCUACCUUAUCUACUUUCUUUGA